CACCAAAACGAAGCACAAAACACAAGCAAGCAGAGCCAUGGCACACGUCUACACGCGUACUUGUCUCCUCCUACACAUUUCUCCACAUGAAUUCCCACUUUAUCGCUUUUCGGAUUCCUAUAAUAAAUCUCUCAACCAACCAGUCAAAUUCAUUUAUAUUCUGACUAUCUUUGGCUCCAACCAAAAAUAAUAAAACAACCAACGUUAACGCAACUUGUCCCUAUCUCUCCUUAUCCUUUGCCCAUCUAUUUUGUUCACUUCUUCGUCAUUUCAUUUUAUUAUCUAAACGACAACAGCAUUCUGGUGAUUGAGCUUCAACUGGGUUGACACCAAUGGCCUGGAAAAGUUGUGGCUUCUUGGAGUUUAGACCUCUAGUUCACUUGUUGCUCCCGCUUUGUGUUCAUUGGAUUGCUGAGGAGAUGACCGUUUCGGUUCUUGUUGAUGUUGUUACCAAUGCUUUGUGUCCUGGGGAGUCCACUUGUUCUGAGGCUAUUUACAUUAGUGGCCUUCAGCAAACGGUUGUUGGAAUUUUCAAGAUGGCGGUACUCCCACUUCUAGGCCAGCUUGCAGAUGAGUAUGGCCGUAAACCACUGCUCAUUCUUACUGUCUCCACUACUAUUAUCCCUUUCUCUUUACUUGCUUUUAAUCAGUCCAGAGAUUUUGUGUACGCUUAUUAUGCUCUUCGAACAAUAUCAUAUAUUAUAAGCCAAGGGAGCAUCUUCUGCAUCGCUGUUGCUUAUGCGGCAGAUUUUGUGAGUGAGAGCAAGAGAGCUACAGCUUUUAGUUGGAUUACAGGCCUGUUCUCAGCAUCACAUGUCUUAGGAAAUUUAUUGGCUUUUCUUCUUCCUGAGAACUGCAUUUUCCUGGUUUCAAUAGCUCUCUUGAUCUUUUGUCCUGUUUACAUGCAUUUCUUUUUGGUUGAGACAGUUGAAUCGGCUCCCAGGAGAGACCAAGAUUCAACUUUCUUGCAGAAGGUUGUUAUGGUCCUCAAAAAAAGAUACAAAUCAAUGCGAGAUGCUGCAUUGACAGUUAUUAGCAGUCCAACACUCAGAGGAAUUUCUUAUGUUUCCUUCUUUUAUGAGCUGGGAAUGUCCAGCAUCACCACUGUCUUAUUUUAUUAUUUGAAGGCAGCGUUUGGUUUUAGCAAGGAUCAGUUUUCACAAAUUCUAAUGAUGGUUGGAGUAGGUUCCAUUGCAUCGCAGAUUGUGGUGCUCCCUCUUUUCAAUCCUCUACUUGGAGAAAAGGUGAUAUUGUGCAUUGCCUUGCUUGCAUCGAUAGCUUAUGCAUUAUUCUAUGGCUUGGCAUGGGCAUCUUGGGUGCCGUACCUAAGUGCCUCGUUUGGUGUCAUUUACGUCCUUGUGAAACCUUCUACUUAUGCCAUCAUUUCAAAGGCAUCAAGUUUAAACAACCAGGGAAAGGCACAAGGGUUUAUUGCUGGUGUACAGUCAAUAGCAAGUUUGUUAUCACCCCUUGCAAUUAGUCCCUUGACUUCAUGGUUCCUCUCAAGUGAUGCCCCUUUCAACUGCAAAGGUUUUAGCAUCGUUGUUGCAUCUGUAUGCAUGAUGAUCGCACUGUGCUUUGCAUGCAUGCUGAGAACAGAAGAAAAUCCUAGCAGUGACAAAGAUGAGGAUGUUGAAACACCGCUGUUAAGUUGAAGCUAGACGUAGUUAUCCAAUUCAAGUAGUUUGUUUUGUUGUAGAUAGUGUAGUCUUACGAGGGUUAAGUUGUAAAUAUUAGGCUCUCUUCAAUAUUAGGGUUAACAUGUAAGAUGGUGUUUAGAUGCCAUUUUCAAAUUAGAAGCAAAUAUUGUCUUCAAAAGAAACGGACAUGGAAAGAGAAAGAAAUCAAAAUGCUCUGCAACUUAAUUUACAAUGAUAUAUAAAAGCAAAAGUUUGGGAAGGUAUA